AUGUUCAGAAUCAGAAGAAAAACACAGAACAUUGAGGAACAACAGCCACAGCAACAAGAUCAUCAUAAGCCAAGGCUCAGCAAUGAGUUAAGGCAUUUUAUUUUUCAAGAAAUGUUGUCACUAAAAGUUAGUGACUCACUUCCUCAUGGCACAUUUAAAAGGAUUGCUCAAAAAUACGGAUAUCAUCAUAGAACCAUAAGAAAUAUAUGGAAACAAGCAAUUCAAACCAAAGAAGCAAACAAGCCAUACGUUGUAGAAUCGAAAUACAAAAACUGUGGAAGAAAAAGAGUGGUGGUACCACCAAACAUACUUGAGACUAAACCAAUGGGCUAUCGUACGUGCAUUAGAGAUUUGGCAACAUGUUUAGACUUGGCAUCGUCAACGGUUUGGAGGUUGAUAAAAAGAGGCGAGAUAAAUCCAUUACACCCCGUUUUAACCGACGCCAGCAAAAUAAGAAAGGUGGAGUGGAUUUUGGGCCUUAUCCAAGAUGACACCAUUCAAAGACAUCCAAUUUACAAAGCCAUGUACGAUUUUAUUCACAUAGACGAGAAGUGGUUCUAUUUAACCAAAAAAACGCAAAGAGUCUAUCUAGCACACAAAGAAAAGAUCCUGUAUAGGGCAGCGAAGUCAUCAAAAUUUAUACCUAAGGCUAUGUUCUUAGGGGCAGUUGCAAAGACUAGAUGGAAUCGAUAUGGCCAACAUACAUUUGAUGGGAAAAUUAGAAUUUUCCCUUCCAUAAAUAGGGUGGCAGCACAAAGAGACUUAAAAAAUCGACCAAGGGGUUCAAUAGAGAUUAAACCAACCGAGUCAGUUACUCAAGAGGUGUAUAUGAGUAUGCUUAUACAACAACUCAUUCCAGCUAUACUAAGAAAGUGGCCAAGUGAUGGUCCUUCCAUAAUUUUUAUUCAACAAGAUAAUGCAAGGGUUCAUAUCACAAAUGAUGAUCCGAUUUGCCAACAACACAAUAGGUAA